AAAGCCUACUAACGACGAGAUAAGGAGAUAACCCCAAUUCAAAUUCCGCUAUUUAAACUCUCAAUACGCCGCUGAUGGCCAAUAGCUUGCUCGUUAGAGCUCCGCGAUGUUUCUAAACUAUUACGUGCCGUUGGCCGGGUAUUUGCCGGCGUCAAGCGGUCUCUACUGUGUGGAUUAUCAAAGAGGUAGUAAUGUCCCAGAACCACAAGGAGCUAGUAAUGUCCCAGAACUACAGUUCCGGUCCAGGACAUCGGCUUUUGAGCGAGCGGGCAAAUCUAAGAAUACUUCAUCGGUGAGAAGCUUCAUGAUCAAAGAUUUACUCUAUGAGAACCAUGGAGAGAAAAGAGAUGAAGAUGGCGCGCAGUUGAAGGCAUGGCAUACCAGUCAAACAGUACCGCUGUGGACAAAUUAUCACAGUGUACCCGAGGCCAUGUACUCUCGUUUCACAACAUCUGAAUCCCAAGUGUUUCCACAUAGUUUUCCUUUGCAAGGAGAGGCCGGCACCGAACGCCGAUCACCUUCCGACCUCCCAAAGUACUUCCGUGCCUUCUUCAACGAGAGCCGACGAUUUCGCCGAAUUCGCACGGUGUUCACCCGAGAUCAGCUCCAAAAGCUCGAGGAUCGAUUCAAGCAUGACAAAUACCUGUCUACUCAGGACCGCAAUGAGUUCGCCAGGUCGCUUCAACUGACGCCUCUACAGCUGAAAACGUGGUAUCAGAACCGACGGAUGAAAUGGAAGAAAGAUAUGUUAUUAAUUGAUCCGACAGCCGUGACGACAAGGGCCAAAGGACGACCAAGAAAAGGAGAGUUUUCGUAAAACAGUAGCAAAGUUGAAAUUGGAUGCAAUAGCUGAUCUGAUGUACUUAAAAUAGGCGCCCAGCCCCUCCUGAUUCCGGUCACCCAAUAUUUAGACAGUCGUGAUAACAUUAUAACAUGACUCAUGACUGCUUACAAUCUUGGGAAAUCCUGGCCAUGCGCCUGUUUAAGUAUACACCUGUUUUAAAUAAGGUUGCACUCGGAGAAUCUGUGUAUCGUAACCCGCAGUGUUUCUUGGGUAUAAAGUAAAUAAGCUAAUAAGCGUAAAUAAAUAAAUACAAAUCUAGGUUUAAAAGCUGUAGAAUUCUUGUUUAUGUUCUAAUGAUCAUUCACAUGGCUUAGAUACAAGGAUUCCGCCGCUUUUACGCUACCCAUGAACCACCGCGGGUUACGACACAUGGAUUCUCGGGUGCAACCAUUGUUGGAAUAGGUGUAUGUGUGGUUUGGAAGUGCGGGCUUGUUAGGAGACGUGCGUAAAGUAUUUUUAGUAAAAAACAUUUGAUAUUCAUGACUGCGCAACCCCUCCUGGCUACUCGAAUGUUAGAAAAUUAUUAAGUGAGUACGGCUGGAGACCCGCGUAGAGCAUUCAGAAAAAUGUCAAUGUCACCUUGGUAAAAAGAGAACAUGGUCACGCAAAAGUGUAGUGUCACGCAACUUGGAAUUAUGCAAGUUAUGAGCUUGUGUUAUGAGAGUUAUGCACAUAUUUCCGUAAACUCUGGAUUUGCGUUAUUGGUUGGUUAUUGCUAAUGGGGCCUUAUUUGUGUGGCAAGUGUUUUCCCUGUUAACAUCGGUCUCCUCAACUCUAGGGAAGCGAGAGCGAGUUGAGGAGACCGAUGUUAAAAGGGAGAUAAGUGUUUUAACGUCCCACAAAUUUCUGGAUAGAAGUUUAGUAAGCUUUGAUCAUCUUUGUUGUUUAUUGGUAAAGUCUGGGGUAUCAUAAGAACCGCUCCACCAACCUCGUCCACAGGGUCUUCUGGGUAAUUUGCAUGUUGGUGCCAUAUUGAAAAUUACCCAGAAGACCCUGGGAACGAGGUUGCCGCUUCACUAGUGGGCUCUAGCUUUUUUUUACUUGUAGUGCAGUUGGGUUGUACAUUUGUAGGAUAUUUUUUUUUCCAUUUUAUUUAUGUAGAACUUGAUGACGGAAACUAUAUUAAAAAGUUUCUGAGACAUUUGCCACU